UCUGUCUGUUCGUGUACCGAACCGGCACCGUUGGAUUUCACGACGGAGCCACUCCUCAACAACCAAGUUCACGACGUCCCCGUAGCCAUAAUUGCAAGCAACCGUCCACAUUAUCUAUAUAGGUCUCUGCGCUCCCUGUUGGCCCGCUCCGGGGUCAACCCCGAAAUGAUUACCGUGUUCAUCGACGGGUACUACGAGGAACCGCUGGCUGUCGCCAAACUUUUCGGGCUGCGGGGUAUCCAGCAUACCCCCCUGGGGUCAAGGAACGCGAGGAUAGCUCAGCAUUACAAAGCAUCCUUGACAGCUACCUUCAAUAUCUUCCCGUCAUCUCGCUACGCCAUCAUUCUGGAGGAAGAUUUAGACGUAUCUCCCGAUUUCUUCAGCUACUUCAGCCAGACCCUGAGACUGAUAGAGGAGGAUCCAACCGUGUAUUGCGUCAGUGCCUGGAACGACCAGGGCUACGAGCACACGAGCGGAGACCCGGCCUUGCUCUACAGAGUGGAGACUAUGCCAGGCCUGGGCUGGAUACUGAAGAGAUCCCUCUACAAGGAGGAGCUUGAACCCAAGUGGCCGACUCCUGAAAAGAUGUGGGACUGGGACAUGUGGAUGAGGCUGGAUGACAUCCGGAGAGGGAGGGAGUGCAUAGUACCCGACGUCUCCAGAACGUACCACUUCGGGUCAUCAGGACUCAAUAUGAAUUCGUACUUCCAGGACACCUACUUCAAGAAGCAUUCCUUCAACACUUUAGCCUACGUGGAGCUUAGGGAUCUAGACAGGUAA